AGGCCAUGCUUGAUGUUGCUUCCAGAUGCCAUGUCAACACCAAGUCCUCAGAUGCUGGUGGCAGCGGCUCAGCAGACCCUGGGCAUGGGAAAGAGACGGGCCCCACCCCCAGCCGUCUGCCUUCACCUAGCUGGAGAGGUGCUGGCUGUGGCCCGGGGACUGAAGCCAGCCCUGCUCUAUGAUUACAAUUGUGCAGGGACAUCAGAGCUCCAGAGCUAUCUGGAGGAGUUGCAGGGCUUGGGCUUCCUGACCAAGGGACUUCACAUCCUUGAGAUUGGAGAAAACAGCCUGAUUGUCCGUCCUGAGCAUGUAUGUCAGCACUUGGAGCAGGUACUGCUUGGUGCCAUAGCCUUUGUGGAUGUUUCCAGCUCCCAACCUAACCCUUCUAUUUGCUCCCUGGACCAACUUCAGGAUUUGAAGGCCGUAACGGUUGAGAUCAUCACACAUUUGCAAGGGCUGCAGAGGGACUUAUCCCUGGAAGUCUCCUGCAGCAGACUUCGUUCUUCAGAUUGGAAUCUCUGUACUGUGUUUGGGAUCCUCCUGGGCUAUCCUGUUCCAUAUACCUUUCAUCUGGACCAGGGAGAGGACAACUGCUUAGCCCUGACCCCACUACGGGUUUUCACUGCCCAGGUCUCAUGGCUGCUUGGUCACUCCCCAGUCUUGCUCUAUUCCUUUAGUGUCCCAGACAGCUUGUUCCCAGCCCUGAGGGAGAUUCUAAACACUUGGGAGAAGGACCUUAGAACUCGGUGUAGGACUCAGAAUGACUUCACUGACUUGAGGAUCUCCUCUGAGAUAGUCACACUGCCAGCUGUGGCUCUCUGACUUCAACUCCUCUCUCAUGUAGAAGAUUCUCAGUAAAUGAUCAGCUCUGUCUUAGGAAUGGCGUCUCAAUGACCUCUUCUGAGCAUCUUGAGAAAACUAGAGAAAAUUUCUGUAAUCAGUUGUCCACAUCUCAGUGGGCAUGGGAAUAGGUGAUAGUGGUAUUGGUUGUAUAUGCCAUUUCUAUACUAGGGAGUCCUCUGGACUUAGCUGAGAUGUCUGUUCAUUUUUCACUGGAUAGGGGAUAGAAGAAAGAUUGUGGUGAAGGGUGGUGGAAGUCACGUAGUCUAUUCUUGUGUGGGAGUUGUAAAUAUACCUGCCCGAGUGGGUAGUGUCUGCCAGAAAGUAGAAGACUGGGGAAGUUUAUACACCACCAACUGAAUCAGACUAGGGAGAGUAGUCCAGGACACUCUAAUGUCAUGUUUGUGAUGUGAUGUGUCAUUCAGGGGUAAACUAAGAGUUUGGAGGAACAGAAACUGUAAGGUGAAGUUUAUUUUUCAGUAGGUUAAAAAAAUAAGUCAGAAAUCUCUGUGGGAAAACUCACACUUUAAAGUAUAUAAACAUUCUGAGUUUUUUUAAUGUCUUGCUUCAGAUUUUCACCCAAGUAGCUGUCCUAGGUGAUUCAGAUCAUCAGGCUGUUCUUGUUGGCCAGGAACACUGCCAGCGCUAUAGCAAUCAUUAUCAUCAGCAUUGAGAGCCAUUGGCCACAUUGCCUCUGUGAGGAGGGAAGGAGAGAAAGAGAAAGAGGCUGUGGGUUGUUUGGAGAAGAUACAGACAAAAAUAACCUUCCUUCUUCCCAUUCCAGCCCGGUGGAAAACCUUGGGUCAGUAAAGAAGAAAAAUCUUUUUCUAUCACUGUCUCUCUCAUUUGGUCACUUCCUUUGGGAUAAGACCACUUUACUGCUGGUCAUUGGUCCCUAAGCCAGGAUCACUUGCCUAGGGAACCAUACCCAGAUACUUAAAUACUGGUUAGAGUAAUCAAGGAUGGACAGUAACUCAGCAAAAUUAUACUAUUCUCUAUUCGUAUCCCAUAGUACUUUUGCUCUCCUUACUCUCGCCACUAGCUCAUAAUAGGCUAAAAGAACACCAUUUCAUACUUUAGUUAAUAGAAGGUCUCUCCCUUCAGUUCAAGAGUUCCAUGAAAAUUAGGCUUGGAUGGAUGAGCAAGUGUUUCCUGACAUUUGUAAUACUGCCCCGACACUCAAGUAUAUGAACCAAGCUGAAUGGAACAGGCUGCCUGACAUUGGCAUGGUCUGAUAAACUGUCUGCAAGCUUUGGCUGAAGGAGGGCCUGUUUCACCAUCAUUCAGGGCGAUAUGAGAGGAUAGACCUUCUUACUCUGGGAGGCGGCUGUGGGCUCUGGCUCAGCUCUUCUCGGCAGUGCUGCAGCUUACGCAGGCAGGAGAGGUACUCGUCACUGAGGUUGUCUAAUUCCAAAUGCAGUUCUUUGCACUGGGGGGAGAAUACCACCAACAUCAUCACCACUAGUUCCUUCUGGGACAGAGCCCAGGUUGGGGAGAGGGUCCUCUGUGAGUUACCCCUUCGUUCACUUGGAAUUUUUACCAUCAUCCUCCCUUCCCAGCCUUUACUCAGAGAUUUCAGUUUGUCUUCUGGCUGUCUUACUUCGUUUUCCUGGAACGUUUUCAUUUAAAUGAUUGAUUAUAAAGGAUAUGAUAAUAUAUAUUAUACAUGUCAGUGCUUUCAUAUGAUUGUGUAUGUGCAAGUGCUUUGUAAAUGGGGACACGAAAAAAUGAAGUCCUUAUAGCACAAAAGACCUGGGAGUGGUCUUAGUACAAACCUCUGCAUCGGGACCUAGUUGAGCUGCAUGUGAAUACUUCUGGGAAUAUGUAAGUUUCUGAGUACGUAGAUGGAAAGAGUUUGUUACUUAAAAGACAUCGUAUAAAGUUUUAAGUUAACUCUAUAUAGGACAAAGUCUGAGGAGUUAAUAUGUUUAUUAAAUGUGUUUGAGUUUAUGUUGACUUUACAAAAGGUAACUAAUAAAACCCUGCAUAAUGAUUGGUAUAAAUGAAGAAGAAAAAGAUUGACAAGUUAGCCUGAAAGCAAAGACAUUUUAUCUCUAUAAAAAUAAAUGAAUACUUGCUGGCAUCCGAUCACAAUUUAAACUUUGAAAUCUCUGCUCCCUGGCUGCCUCCCAGCAGUUUUGCCUACCAUUGUGGUAUGAGCCCCUCACUCUCUUGAGGUCACCGUCUCACCUCCUUUUCCUUGGCCUGGAGCUGCAAAGUCUUCUUUUGCAGCUGGUCUCUGAAAUCCCAUUCUUUCUCCUUCCCUGUACCCUCAGGUUCCACUUCCUUAUGGGAGGGCUUUGGAUUCCACACAGGCAAAGCCUGAUCUAAAAAAGCAGCCAGAUUCUCAGUGAUACUGCCGUCCACACUUCUGAGGAAGGGCCCUGUCACUGAGAGAUGCCUGGAGGGAGGGAAAGAGUGGGGAGGGAACAUGGGAGGUCCUGUCCCUGACUAGACUGCAUGGAGUAGAAUUUUCUGACUUUCUCCCAUUGGGACCCUGCUCAGCCUUGACCCAGAGCUGGAAUUUGAGCCGCUUGGGGGCAGGGUUGGUCUUUUACUUUCCUUUGUGUCCCUAGUCCCGUUUAAUGGCAGAUAUUUUUAGAGAAUACUUACUAAUCCAAUUUCUUUUGUUGUAUUUCUGGUAGGUUUGUUGGAUGCUUCAAUAGAACUAACCCCUUUCCCUUUCUGUCCUUAUUUCAAAGUCAAUGAGAAUGGCUGUCAUAUAGAAUUUAUCUUCUUGUGGUUAAAGAUGAUUUCUGAGCCACGUGGCCAUCUUAGUAUUUGUGAAAAGAGCACUGAACUAGAAGUUAGAAAUUCUGGAUUGUUAUCUUAGCUGCAUCAUUAGUUUUUAUGACCGUAGACUUUCAUUUUCUUGCUUGUGUUAUGUGGGUAUAAUACUUUCUGCCUUAUAUUUAUGUGGUGAUUGUGGUGAGCAAACAAAAGACCACUUGUAGUGGAUGCAUGAGAACUUUUGUCCCCCACCCUCCAGAUACAUGAUGAAUUCUUCUCAGGGAGUUAAGGCAGCAGACUCUUGAGGGCUAGGAGUGAGAUGACUGUUGGCAUGUAGCAUGGUGUGGAGGUGUGGAAUUGGGAUGUGAUUUGGAAAGUCAAGUGUAAAAAUUGACAUUAAAUCCUGAGUUCAAAAUCAAUUUAUUGAAAUGUUCAACACAGACAUGUUUUCAGAGAGAGUAGAAACUCUUUUCACAGUUUAUGUACCUCUCAGGAUAGGAGGCUGACUAGUUAAAGUGUUCUCAAAGCCAGUGAUCAGUCCUUAAAAAGCUCCGCUAGAUCCCUGACCUAACAGACUCCUAGAACUGCAUGGGGCUCCAAGAGGUCAUGUAGUCCAUCCCUCUGCCUCUAGGCAGGCAAGAAAAGACCAAUAUCUUAGAAUUUGUGGAAGUAAGUUUGCUGACCUUUCUUUGUUAAGAGUUUCUCCUGUUCUUGAAGCUGUAAAGAUUGACUCUGAAGCAGACCUGCGGGAAAACACAAGGAACUUGUCUGUACUAGCGUAUUGGCUGUAAACAGUGUCUUCUCAGAACUUUGCUACAAACCUUAAUUAUUCAAGGUGUUCCCGUCUAUUAUUGGUUGAAUUGUGUACCCCCAAAUUCAUGGGGGGAGUCCUAACUCCUAGUACCUCAGAAUGUGACCUGAUUUGGAGAUAGGUUUUUUUACAGAGAAAAUCAAGAACUUUAGGAUCAGAAUGGACCCUAAUCUCACAUGACUGGUGUCCUUGUAGGAAGGGGGCAUUUCAACACAGAGACGCAUAGACAGAAGACAUACGAAGAAACAUAGGGUGAAGAAGGUGAUCUCAAAGCCAGGGAAAGUAGCCUGGAACAGAUCCUAUCCUCACAACCCUCAGAAGGAAUCAGCCCUGGCAACACCUUGACCUUGGACCUCUAGCUUCCUGAACAAAAUAAAUUUCUGUUUUCUAAAGUCA